GACGCGUUUGCGGCCUGGGCUGGUUCUGGCGCCGAGGGCGCCGCCAGCCCCGCGGAGGUGGCGGUCCUCGAGGUGGCCGACUCCGAGCCCGAGGGCGCGGCGGCGGGCGAGGCACCCGCGGACGGCGGGCUGCUCUUCGACGAGGGCGCGCCCGAAGGCGAGGCGGAGCCCUCGGUGCCCGCCGCUGGGCAGCGGGCGGAGCGGCUGCGCGCGCUGCUGGCGGGCGGCGCCUGCGAGCGGCUCGGGCUCGGCUACGAGGACCUGCUCGCCGAGCUGGCCGCCGCGGCCCACCAGGCCGGGCCCGUGGCGUCCGCCUGCCCCGCCUCGGCGGCGCCGCCGCCGCGCCCUGCCCCGCCCGCGGCCUUCGCCCCUCGCGCCUCGCGACGGCGUGACGCCGCUGGUGCGGCCGCGGACGCUGGACAGGCAGGUGCGGCUCGCGCUGCACUUCCGCUGGUGGCCGUGACUGGGGGCUGCGCUGGUCCUCGCGAUGGUGCGCCCGCCGGGCCGCCGUCCGAGGCGAGCAUCGACGAUGAGUGGGCGGACGGGGCGCGUCCCGCGCAGCCGGUGGAGCGGGAUGCCAUGGCAGUGGGCGUGCUGAAGCCGGAGCUUGCGCCACCUGCGGAUGUGUCGUCCGCCCUGGUGCCCGCUGCUGCUGCUGUUGCUGCUGCUGCUGCUGCGGCCGCUGCUCCGACGCCCGCGGUGGCUGGCAAGUGCGCGGCGGUCGUCGCGGAGCUCCUGGCCAUCUUGUCGAACCCGUCCGUGGACGCGGUGAUCUUCGGCGCCCUCGGCUGGGACGAGAAGCGCCUCCCCGUGCUGCUCGACACGCUGAAGAGGUCGCGCCACGGGGGCAUGGCCCCGACCGUGGCGCGGCCUGCGCCGUUUUGCGCCCUCAGGGCACUCCGUGCUGGGUCAAGCCAGGACGCGGACUUUUACAAGGACGUCUCAAACUGGAACACCGCACUGCGCGUCGCGGGGGAGUUGAGGUCGACUUCCAUCGAGUUGGCAGCCUAA